UUUUUUUACCUGUUUGUCUUUCUAUCUUUUCAAAUUCAAGAAGUGGUGAACAAGUUAGGAGAUGGGUGUAGAUUACUAUAAGAUAUUGCAGGUUGAUAAGAAUGCUAAAGAUGAUGAUUUGAAGAAAGCUUAUAGGAAAUUGGCUAUGAAAUGGCAUCCUGAUAAGAACCCCAAUAACAAGAAAGAAGCUGAGGCUAAAUUCAAACAGAUUUCUGAAGCCUAUGAGGUCUUGAGCGAUUCACAGAAAAGGGCAAUUUAUGAUCAGUAUGGGGAAGAAGGCCUUAAAGGUCAAGUGCCACCACCAGAUGCUACUGGUGGACCUGGUGGGGCUACAUUUUUCCAGACAGGGGAAGGACCAAAUGUAUUUAGAUUCAAUCCAAGAAAUGCCGAUGAUAUCUUUGCAGAAUUUUUCGGAUUUUCGAGCCCAUUUGGUGGUGGGGGAAUGGGAGGUGGGGGUAUGGGAGGUGGUGGUAGUGGGAUGAGAGGUACAAGGUUUUCUAGUUCAAUGUUUGGGGAUGAUAUUUUUAGUUCAUUUGGUGAAGGCAGACCAAUGAGUAGAGGCCCACGGAAGGCGCCACCGAUCGAACGAACAUUGCCUUGUAGUCUAGAAGAACUUUAUAAGGGGACAACCAAGAAGAUGAAAAUCUCUAGGGAGAUAGCUGAUGCAAGUGGGAAGACUUUACCAGUAGAAGAAAUUUUGACCAUUGACAUCAAACCGGGCUGGAAAAAGGGAACAAAGAUUACAUUCCCAGAAAAAGGAAAUGAAGAGCCAAAUGCCGUCGCUGCAGAUCUCGUGUUCAUAAUUGACGAGAAACCACACAGUGUGUUUACAAGGGAUGGAAAUGACCUUGUGAUCAAUCAGAGAAUCUCACUUGCUGAAGCAUUAACAGGCUACACAGUCCAUCUAACGACGCUUGAUGGAAGAAAACUGACUAUUCCUAUCGACAAUGUAAUACAUCCAAACUAUGAAGAGGUUGUCCCAAGGGAAGGAAUGCCAAUACCCAAAGAGCCUUCAAGGAGAGGGAACCUGAGGAUCAAGUUCAAUAUCAAGUUUCCUACAAGGUUAACAGCAGAACAGAAGACCGGAAUUAAGAAAUUACUUGCUUCCUAGGCCAAAUAGUUGAUAAGCACCCAUAGUUAGUGUCAGUCUAUGUUUCGCUUUUGUCCUUGAUUUUUUUUUCCCCCUCCUUUCUAUCUGGGGAUAAUUGGUUCCCUUGUAGUCUUUCUAUAUUUAGCUACAUAUUGUGAGUUUUGAGACAAUAAAUGAAUAAUGUGAAUAUAAUCUAGGAUUGGCAUUUUAAA